UAACUGUUUGGACUUUUAUUUUGGUAUUGUACUAUGACGUCAUGAAUCUGCGUCGCCAUUCGCGUCUACUGUGAAGGGAGAAGAGCUAAAAAUGAGAUGAAAUGGUUGUUUUUAGAUAUCUAAAGUGUUUAAAUGCGUAGAAAAGUGUUGUGGGAGUUUUAUCAUUUUAAGGUGAUGUGUUUAAACGUGUGAAUGUGUUUUAAACGGAGUUAUUUAGUGCGAGUAAAGCGCGUUUACACACUGAAGAGCUUAUUCUGCUCUGUAUCGUCAUUCAGCUCAUCAGAAACACCAGUUCAGACACUACAGAGAAACUCCUGCUGAAGCGACUGAGCUCCACUAUUAUAAAGAUGGCCUUUAUUAAAGAGGAGAGUGAAGACCUGAAGAUUGAGGACACAUUCAAACAUGAAGAUCCUGAGCAGCUAACAGACCUGAUGCCACCAAAAGUGGAGGAUGAAGAAGAGGAUGAGUUUGAUCUCAUGACUAUAGUCGAGUCUAUACGGGCUGAAAGGACUGCUGCAUCAGCAAACGCUGAACUGAAGGAAGCUGAAAACAAUUUGGCCUGCCACCAUUGUGGAUUGAGCUUCACAUCAGCACACGAUCUGGAGAGUCACACUAAUAGACGACCCUUCACGAGGGAAAAUAGUCUGCAGUGUCACACCGGAGAGCAGCGGCGUAAAUGUGACCUGCUGUCGCCGAAAGAAGCAAGCACAGGAGCUAAAGAAGGCUUCACGUGUAAACCGUGUGGAAUGAUGUGCGCCCACAGGAGAAACGGUGAUGCUCAAAUGAAGAUCCACAGCGGAGAGAAGCUCUACACGUGCCAACGGUGCGGGAAUAGUUUCAGUCUGAAAGGAAGCCUGACGCGCCACAUGCAGAGGCAUAAAGAGGAGGAUUAUUACAGCUUCUUGAGGACAGGAGAUCCUUCAGGAGACACGAGCGCCGGAGACAAACCCUACGCUUGUACUCAGUGUGACAGGAGUUUUAAAGUCGGAGCAAGCCUCGUGCUUCACAUGAGGAGUCACAGCGGAGAUAACCCGUUCACUUGUGCUCAGUGCGGGAAGAGCUAUAUUAAUAAGGGCAACCUUGACAAACACAUGAAAAUCCACAACCGAUGGAGUCACGUGCGCUGCCAGCAGUGCGGGAAGAGCUUCAGUCAUAAACAAUACCUGAAGAUCCACAUGAGGGUCCACAGCGGAGAGCGGCCGCACACAUGCGGCGAGUGCGGGAGGAGUUUCGCCAUCAAGCAGAACCUGAACGCUCAUCUCAGCGUUCAUAAAGGAGAAAAGCCCUUCACCUGCCAACACUGCGGACGGAGAUUCCUGCACAGAUCCAGCCUCAACAAGCACACGAAGGCUCACUCCGCAGAGAAGUGCUUCGUGUGCUAUCAGUGUGGGAAGAGCUACAAGGAGAAAAGGAACCUGAACACACACAUCCGAGUCCACACCGGAGAAAGGCCGUUCCGUUGCGCUCGCUGCGGGAAGAGUUUCCACUCUAAAUCAUAUCUUUACUCGCACAUGAGGACACACAGACGAGACGGCGCUCGAGGGCGCAGUGUGUCCUUUCGGCCACUAGAGGGAUAGAGUUUGCGUUCACAACAAACAAGCGCAUGUCAGAUAAACACACAUUCACUGUAAACAUGCUUUUCUUAGACUUGUUUUGUCUUGUUUUAGUUCAAAUGUCUAAGAAGUCUUAAUUUACGAAGAUUUUUUUUAGACAAGCAGAAAAUACUGCCUUGUUUUCAGAAAUAACGAGUCAAAGCUAAGCGAGUGUAACGGAGGCCAGCUAGCGAAGUGCUGUGCAGGUAAACCUCACUCUUCUGACCUCUAAACGUGCCCUAGUGCAGAUGCUAGAGGUCACAGUCUUUAGCCUUCAUGUUAGAGCAACCGACUCCCUUGCAGAAGGUUGCCGGUUCGAUCCCAGCUCGGAGCGGGUUGGGUGGUGUAGGACCGGCGGGGUUACACGAGUUUUCUCUUACACCCGGAAAACUGUCAAACACAAAAGAUGUUAGAUUAUUUCUAUGUAAACAAACAAAGGAGUAUUUCUGAUGCAUAAAGAGAGAAAGAGUGUGUCUGAAAACUUCUUACGAGUUCACACUGCAUGAUUUUCAUAAUCAUCGGAUCGCUGUUUUCACACUGUGCAUAUACGGUGGUGUGGUCCCUACAAUAAAAAUGUGUAUCGACUAUGAUGGAAACACAUUUACUGAGUAAAUUCCAGCUUAUGCAUCAAAACGUUGUGAUUUGAGAACAUAUAAUUAGCUAAUUGUGAUGGAAUCAUAGCUAUUGACGCUGCUCUAAAACAGUAAGACUAUAAUAUAAAUAAAUAAAUAAAUAAAUACAUGUGUGUUUAACUCUUCAUUCUGAUGAAUUCAUGAAUUAUGUAUUUAUUUGUUUGUUUAUUGAGUUAGAAUUGGAGAAUUAGAAUCUCGCAGCGAUGGAAAGAGUACUGUAAUAUCCUACUUACACUAGGGGGUCUAAAGUUUGGGGUCAGUAGGAUUUUACAAAGUUACAUCAUCCUUCAGAAAUCACUCUAAUAUUAAUUAUUAUUAUUAGUGGUGAUAGUAAUAAAAGCAUAGUGACUGCAGUAAUUAAAAUUGAAA